AUGGCUACUAUCACUGACUUCAACAACACCACUUUCCAAUAUGAAGCUCAACUUCCAGCUUUACCUGUUCCUUCACUAACCCACACUGUUCAACAACUAUUGGGUGCUUUGAAACCAAUUUCUUCUCCAGAAGAGUAUCAGCAGCUUCUUUUAGAAGCUAGCGACUUUGUCAACAAUGACACUGUCAAGCUUAUUCAGUUGCACUUGGAAACAUUGUACAAGAAACAUCCAGACAAAAGCUAUCUCAAUAUUGUAAACAAUGACAUGACUCCUGCCAUUUAUGGAGAAAUCAAGUCAGACAUUUUACCAAGAAAUCCAUAUCUCAUAUUGGAAGAUGAUCCAUACGCUAAAACCAUCCACCCACCUAAUCAAGCUGAACGUUCGGCAAAUUUAGUCAAUUCCACUUUGAAGUUGAUUGUUACAUUGAGAAAUUUCACCUUCAAACCAGAUGUAACUCCCAAGAACCAAGUCCCCUUGACUAUGCAAUGUUUUUAUCACUUGUUUGGUUGCACUAGAAUCCCCGAUUUUGAAGGUGGCACCAGUGACAUUAGUAUGAAAAAGUACAAACACAUCAAUGACUCAAGACACAUCAUCAUUCUCGCAAACAAUCAGUACUAUUCUUUAGAAGUUUUAACCGAGUUUGAUGAAGAGCUAUACAAGGAGACCAAGACCAAGCAUCAAAUUGUAUUUCAUGAUCACGAAUUGGCUGAUAUUUUCCAAGAUAUUAUUGAUGAAACUGACAAGAUUCCUCCUCAAGACUCUAUAAAAAACUGUAUUGGUUCAAUCACAACCCAACCCUUGAAGAAUUGGAAAAAGGGAAGAUUGGAAUUAAACAAAUCUAAUCCUGAACAGUUGAAGUUGAUUGAUGAUGCAUUGUUUGUUGUUGUACUAGACUCCAACUCGCCUGAAACGGACCAGGAGAAAACUUCAGUUAUUUCUCAUGGAUCAUCAGUAUUGACCGAAUCAAAUAUUCAAUCUGGUACUUGCACUUCAAGAUGGUAUGACAAGUUGCAGUUGAUAGUUACCAAGAACUCAGUAGCUGGGAUUGUUUGGGAGUCAUUGACUAUGGAUAGCACUGCCAUCUUGCGUUUCAUUAGUGACAUUUACACCGACUCAGUAUUGAAACUCGCCAAGAAUAUCAACGGUUCAGAAUACACAUUGUUUGACGAAGCAGUUACUUUUGCAAACUCAACCAUUGUCAAACCUCAACCACAAUUGAUUCAAUUCAAUUUAACUGAGCGUUUACAAUUUCUUAUUCAUUUGUCAGAAACUUCGUUGGCUGAUUUAAUCAACCAACACGAGUACAAAACGCAUACAGUAAAGUUGGAAUCUCGCUUGGCUCAAGAGUAUGGUCUUUCUGUGGAUUCAAUUAUGCAAAUCUGUUUUCAAAUUACAAAUUAUUCUUUGUAUGGAAGAAUGGUCAAUACUUUGGAACCAAUCAUGACACGCAAGUUUAGAGACGCAAGAACUGAAUUGAUAACCGUGCAAAAUGAGUCGGUUGCCAACUUGUGUAAAUUGUACAUCACCAGUGCCAACUCGGCUGAGAAAUUUGCUGCUUUUAAAGAGUGUUGCAAUAUGCAUAGAAUCCAGUACCAUGACGCAAUGAUGGGGAAAGGAUUUGAACGUCAUUUCAUGUCCAUUGCGCAAGUAAUUCACAAACCAGAGGCGGCAAAACGGUUAAACAAGAUGAAUCCGGACUUGCCACCAAUUCCGACAUUUGACGUAGAUGAGGAAGAGAAGCGUGUUCAAUUACCCUUGAUGUUUAAUACCUGCGUUGAUAAGUUGCUGAACCCUGAACUUCUUAUCUCAAAUUGUGGUAACCCAGCAUUGCGUUUGUUUGGUAUUCCACCCGCAAUUGACCAAGGGUACGGAAUUGGGUACAUUAUCCACAAUGAUAAAGUCAUAAUCACUGUUUGCUCUAAACAUCGUCAAACGGAAAGAUUUUUGGGUACUUUCCACAAGGUAAUUCACGAUUUGAAAAUCCUGCUCAAGAAACAUGCUAGUUUUGUCAUGCAUCUCAGUGAAUCGGAAAAUCGCAAGAUUGAAUUUCAAAAAUUACGAAUUGAGAAUGAACUUAGUCAUGUUAGUCUUACUGAUCCAUCGUUGAAACAUCCUAUUUCAUUGACUGUUGGCAACAAUACUGAAUCGACUCCAGUUUCGCCAAUGGAGCGUCAAAACUCAGAUGAGACCGCCACCUCAUUCACAUCUGAUGGAGGCGAAGAUUCCGAUUUCGAGUUGCUUGGUGGAUACGGUUACUUUGAUUAUGGAAAUCUUGAUCUUCGUUCAGAGGAUAUCUCACGCACACAAUCAAACUUUACCAGUGGUUCUCAAUCGGCGAUAUCCAGCGCAUUGAGUUCAAGAUCGCAUUCACAAACGAAUUUGACCAAGUAUGCAAUGACUCAUGGCUACGAUAUCAAGCAUAAGCAGAACUUGACUGAUCGUAUUAGAGAUAAGUUGAUGUCGCCUAGUGAGGAGAGUAUGCAUGUGCCGGGGAAAAAUAAUGGUGAGAAAGCAGCUAUGGGAGCUGCUGCUAGUGAAGGAGAUGUUGACACAGAGGAGGAAGAGAAGAAAAGGCGUGCGCCACGGAAAGUAUCCAUUGGUAGAGCGCUUGAGCUUAAUUACCAUUGA